AUGGGUAAACAUUCGGGUAAAUAAUGAAAAGAAAAAGACCUUGGACCAUUUAAGGAGUACAAAAUGUGGGACAAGUAACAACAUUUGCAUUUGCAUUUGAAAAAAAGCCCGUUUGGCAACACGCUGGGUUUAUUCUUUUUUUGUAUUUAAAUAAGAGAGAAAGUAGGUCGUCCCAUCGAAGAAGGAAAAAAAUUCUCACUAAUAAAUUUCAAGGAAAACAGACCUAAUAAGUGAAUAUGAAAAUUCUCAGCUUCCAACGUUCCAAGAAUAGGUUUCUAGACAUUUUCUCAAAGAAUCUUGCGGAAUUGUUUCCUAGGCAAAAAAAAUCCAAAUAUGGAAAAAAAAGAAUUAUAGAGAAGAUUCAAUUAUAGAAAGUAGCGAAAUUUUGGAAUGAAAGAAAAAAACCGAAAAAUAAAAAUGAUUUUAUUUCGUAAUUUUUCAAUUUUGGACCCUCUAGGGUUUUCAAAAAGCUUCAUUGGCGCGCGGAUGAUUGAAAAAUUCGGAGAUUAGAAAAAAUUAAUUUUCUAAUUAUUUUCCCCUUUUUCAAUUUUUUUUAUUCUAUAUUGUAGUUUAUGAUUAUAUUUAAACAUUUGUAAAAGUUUGAAAAUUCUAGAGGCAAACAUGUGCUGUAGAAUUUCAGUUGUUAUCGAUAGUUUUUCUUUUAUUUCUUUUCACGAUUUAGAAGUUCAAUUUUUUUUUUUAAGUAUUUGUGCUAUUUGCUGCUUUACAGGCCAUUGAUAGCGUAGAUUGUAGACUUGUAAUGAUGUAAGAUUAUUGUGAAAAUUCAUUUGACUUGUUAAAAAAAGUUUUCUCACAAUUUUGUUCAAUUUCUUUUUUAGAAGCGGGUGGUUUAUUAGUGGAGCCAUCAUUUUUAUUGGUAACCGAAGAUUGGAGUCUUGACGAACCGUUGCCAAUCACAAUAUGUCCGGCCAAUGUCAAGGUGCCCAGCAAAAAAGGAAAGGUUAAAAUAAUUGUAUUUCAGAUAAUCUCCGGAGAUUCUGGCGGUUAUUUUUCCGUUGUCAAACUCAACGAAACGUGCUCCACACUUCAGUUGAAGCAGAAUCUCGACGCUGACGUCAGUUUAUCGUUUUUUGAAAUGAAAAGGGAAAUGAGUUGAAAUAAUACAGUAGCCGGAACGGAAAAGCCGCGGCGCACGACCAAAAUUGCGCGCGGCUUUUCUUGUCACGAGAAGCUUACGGCUUUUCUUCACCGUGUGGGGGAGAACGGGAACGCGCGAAUUGUUUCUCAACAAUUCCUGAGGGUGGUCACUGUGUUUUGAGAAAGGUUGAAGGUUGUAGGGACAGGGAAAACUUGAGUUUCGAAGAGAAAAUGGCUUUUUUUUUCCUAGCUUCAUGAAGUUUUAAGUGAGAUUGGUUAGGUUUUCACUUAUUGAAAAGUGUUUGAUAGUUUUUUUGAAUAUUUAAAGGCUUUAGAGAUUUCGUUCAAGGGUGGUUUUAAAGACUGAGAUUUGGAAAAAGCGUGCAUUUUUUGUAUUUUUCAUAGAUUUAUGAUUUUUUUUUAGUUUGGAAACUGUUUUUCCCCUUCCUGAAGUUCAGAAAUUUUGGGAGACCUAUUAUCUGAAGUAGAAGGCAAAAUUUAACCUUGUAAAUGUAUUUUUAGGUUACAACCUUUGAAAGACUCGGCUUUGAAAAGGAACUUUGUAGCGUUAUUGAUCCAUUUUUUUUUCUGCGGAAUAUUUUAUCUUUUCCUUGCUGAUGAAAAGCUUAAAACUGUACAGGAAAAUUAAGAUUUAAAAAAAUUCAAAAAGAGUUUUUUUAAUUUGACUUUUUCGAACUAUAUUUUGGGCUUUCAAAUUUAAUUUCUACUCACUUUUUCUGCAUUCUGAGUCCAAUAAGACACUCCUAAUUGCUCGAAACUUCUUUUUGUGCCGAAAAUACGGCGGACACGCUGGCGCGAGUUUGUUGGUGUGGCAAUGGUGCGCGAAAUCCGCCUCUGACCCAUCGCUUCUCCUUCUUCUUUUAGCCAAAUUGUCAACAAAUCCAAAAACUUAGUUGCUUCUGGCAGAUUUUUGAUGGUUUGAGUAGAAGUCAUGGAACAUUUAAGGCAGGGUAAAAAUCACAGGUUAAAAAAACUGGAAAUCUAAAAAGUUUUUGUGAAAGGAAUCUUCAUUUUUUUGUAAAUUUUUUUCACAAAGUUUCUUCAUUUUUUUAAGGUUUCUUUUUUGAAUUUUUUUAAAGUUUUAUCUAAAAUUGGACUUGAUUCUGACCCAUUUCUUCUCCUUAUUAUUUUUUUAAAAUUGUGAAAACCAAAGAUUUAUCUACUUUUUGGAGAUAUUUAUCAUCUGAGCAGAAGUAAUGAAGUAAAAUUCUUCAAUUUUUUUCUUAUAUAUAAGAAUCUUUUUGAGUUACCCUGAGGCUUAAAAAUGAAAUCAUAAUUCGAACAAUUUGAGCUAAACUUGAAGGAAAGGCCCUUCUCUAUACAGAAUUUAUUAUAUUGUUUAUUUCUUCAUUUUCAGAAUUUUUUUCCAUUGAAAAGUCAAGAGUUUUUUUCCAGCCCAAACUGAAAAAAAGGCUUGAUUUACUGUGUAGUGAGUAUCAGUGAAUUAUUAAAUAAAAAAAGUGAAUAGUUUAAUUUUUCGACUAAUAGUUAUAGAGCACAUGUCCAUGUCGCAAUUGUAUACACUUGGAGAAAAUUGAGAGAUGAUCUCAUUAUAAAUAAACCAAGAAACGUGGGGUCUGGCCAGGGGAAAUGAUAUUCUUAAGAGAAAAUGGAGCUUUAAAAAGUUGGAAUUUUUUCAAAAGUAAGAUAAGGAGGGAAAUUAUUUCUUUUAAGGAACCUAUUUGAUUGAUUUUUUUGGACUAAAUUCGCCAAAUUGACAUUUUAAUGGCUAUGAUAGUUUGGUAGUUACAGGAACUCCAAUGAGACCCUAGAAAUCCCAAAACUUAAUGAUUCAUUCAAAUAUAUAGAGUAAGUCAAUUAAUAUAGGAUUUUUGUCAGUUUUCAAGGCCUUUUCAGUAGAUUUUUAUCACUUCUGAAUGAAAAUGAAUCUACUAAAGUAGUAACUAGAACCCCUUAAUACUUUUCCUAGCGAGUUUCUCGAAGUAAGCAUGAAAAUACACGCGUUUCGGCUAUAUUUAUUCUCUAUGACCGUCCGAAUGUUGUCUGCAAGGCUAGAAAACGGCCGAGAGAGCGUGCUGAAUUGAGAGACGCAGAGUGUUGACCUCCGGAAUUAGAAGGUGUGCUCCGACGCUGACCGUCGGCUCGCACAAACGCUGGCUUCAACUCUUUCGUAACUUUUUUUUUGUCGUUUUUCGGAGUUUUCGGGGUUUGGAGAAGAUAGUUUUCAUUGAUGAAUUAAAUUUAGAGUAUUUGGAAAGGUCAUUUUGGGUAGAUUGUACUACUGAUAAGAGCUGAAAGAGUAAAAAAAUUGGAAACUGGAAACUGGAUUGAUGACCGCAUUUAGAAUGGCUAAUGCGUUUCGGAAUCAGAACUUUGAUCUUUUCAUGUCUCCAAAAACUCAAAAUGAAAAAAAAAUCAUCUCAUUUUUAAGAGUAGAGUUUUGAACGUCGUGGUCGCAUUUGGAAUGGUUUACUGCCCUCAAAAGCUGUUUUUUUUUUGCUUCAGAAGUCCCUUCCAAGCCCCUCGAAAGCUACUUCUCAACGCUUCUCCCACAUCUUUUUUUUUGCCAUUCCGAAACCGUUACAAAAUUAUCCAACACUUGGCUGAUCAAUAUGCUUGCGCGAAAUGGCUGUUACGAUGGAAACGGGAAGGCAAGGAAGGAAUCGUUGAUGAGAAAAGGGACACUUUAACGGUGACAGAAUACAAAUUGGGCAACCAGCCGGAAGAUCUCGGUAUAACGCUUUUGGGUGACAGAGAGGGGUACUUAUGCCCCGCGGCCUCCUUUUGCAUACGAGAUUAUCGCGAGGUUCAUUACCCUCCCACUUGGAUAAUUUACUCUGAACUGAGAGCUUGGGUAAUUUGACCUGUCAUGUUGCAUACUCGAGGCUUUAGAUCGAACUUCUCAAGAGGCUUUCAGUGGGAUUCUGGUUUGGACUAGGACCUCUGGAUGCCCUUUUUCAGCUUGAUCUGGAUCUGAGCUCAAUAAGUUCGGAAAGUUAAAUAAUUAAGAGUUUGGAGAGUGAUUGCGGCUGUUCGGUAUAGCUUUUAAAGUCCUUGUUCAUCGCCUAGUCGAUUAUAUCUGACUAAAAGAACAAAAUAAAUAAUCCGAUUGAUUUGAUUGAUGAUUUGAUUAUCUACUUUGUGAGAAAGAUUGAAGAAACGUAGAAAAAUAUUUCUCAAAACAUUUCAAGUCUACUCUCAAGUAUCACUCAUUUUUUCAUGAUCCAAAAAAUUUCUGAAACAGUUUUUUUCCAAACUUUUUCUUCAAAAAAGAGUUUCAAAUGGCCGUGACCGCACUUGAAAUGGAUCUAUGCGUCGCGGUUGCGCUGCGCCGUGAUUUUUUAAAAUUCAACUAUGAUUUUUCGUUUUGAAAAAGGAUUAUUCGAACUUUUUAUCACAUCUGGGAUCGCUAAAUUCCUAGAUUUGGAUCCGGAAGCCAGGGAGACAAAAAAAGGUCGUUAAGCCAUUCUAGGUCCAAUUAUCUCCUCGAUCCCUUUUCAUUUGAAAAUUUUACUGAAAGCUUGAUUUUAAAUAAUUUUUCUCAAUAUUAGGAGUAGAAUCUAGAUUUAUAGUUUUUUUUCCAUCAAAAAAAAGUUUCGUGUUCAAAAACUCGAGGCACAGCUAACGAGAUAAUCAGCCGUGGUCCGACCAAGGACACGCCCACUUUUUUCGGCUGCACCCCAUAUAAUUCCGCCUGUCAAUUGCGCGCCUGUAAGCGUUUUCUCAAGGUUGGAACGCUGGACAAGGAAGAAAAGAAGGGAGAAGAGAGGACAAAAAAAAACAACGGACAGAAGGGGUUUCAAUGGUGUUUCCGAUGGCUUUUGGUCAAUUGAAGUGGUUGGAACAGUGGAAAAAAAUGGCUUGGUGUUUUGUAGUUUCAAUGGAGAGAUGGUUUUUAAAAGGAUAAGGGGUUUGAUUUUUUUUAAAUAGGAAACUUUGAGCAAGCAUUUUUUUUUGAGAUUGAGUUCAUUGAAAAGGACUAAUAGCACAGCUUCUUGAAAAGGCAUAGUUGUAUAUUUCGCGCCAGGACCAUUUUUAGGUUUCUCAAUGCAUCUUUCAACGCCUCAGUGGUCUGUAGUUGUUAAGAUAGUCAGAUACACAAUUGCUCCUACUUGGAAUUGAAGCUUGGAAUCUCUAAAUUGACCCGCGACGCGACCGCAACGCUUUGAGCCUUUCUACAAGAGACCAAAAGAUUUUUUCAACUGCACAGAGUAUAGCUUUUGCCAUUUUCCUUCAAGAAAACUUUCCAAACUUCAGAAAAAAUGAAUAUUAACGAUAAUUGAGAACGGAAGGACAUCUGUUGGCCCCAUAAUUGACCAUGAUUUCGUGCGAUCCGUCAAACGUACCCCCCAUCUCAUCUCAUUUGAAUUUCCGAGAGGCCUUCUCCUCUGCCACUCGAAACUCGUUCGAAGCUUCUUGUCGUUCGGCUUUUUCCAGCCUUCCUUUUGGGAAUCUACAAGUUUUUUCGAAUGUUUUAACAGCUGGAGGAUGGGGUUCGUAAUUGAGUUAUCAUUACACUUUUCGGUGGGAAUCGGGAGGAGAUUGGAGGGUUGGAGUUCGGGAAAAACGUUUCUUCCUUCGUUUCUCCAGAGGUCCUGACUUUUGUUUUAGAAGAAAAAUAAGGGAAUAUUGGUAUUUUAAAAAACGGUGAAUCGACAUUAGAGUGCUUAAAAAGUGAAACUUUGAGCUUUCUCGGGAAAAAUAAGUUUUUGGAAAAAUUCUCAAAUUUUUCAGUCGGGAAGCUGUCACUAAAAAGUUAUUUUGAAAAUUGAAGUAUUCUAAAGUUUCCAUUAUUUUUUUAUUGACUCGAUUUUAAAAUAAGUUUAAAAAAAUGAAAAUUUAAGUAUAAAAUCAGUUCUUGGUUUUUCCUCAAAGUAAAAAAAUAAGAAAAAAAUGUCUUCAUUACCUUUUUAUAGGGCCUGAAAUAUUGGGAUUGAGAUAGAAAAAAAUAUUGAAAAAGGGAAAUUUAAUACGAAUUAUUGAGAAAAAAAUCUCUUGAAGACUCUCUAUCAGUUCUUUUAUCACCAUUCAGUUAUAAAAAAGGGACAAUUUUCCAUUCCAGAAAGAAAGCAGCGAUGGCCCACGUGGACAGUCCUUCUCGUUGGUUUUGGCUGGACCCAGGAAGUCCAGAGCCGCUUUGGAGAUUCAGGUGGAAAAUCAUGAAAAUUUUGUUGAGCUUUAGGACCAGGAUAAGGAUGUUAUUCAUGAAUCUAUUGGUAUAAGGAACAGAGAAAAUCAGAAAUAAAAAUGAAAUUAAUCAGAAAACUGAGGAAUUUUUUCUUCCGACUUUCUCAUAAAACCUUGCAAUUGAAAUUCUUAUUUUUCAAACAUCUCGAAUGAAAAUCUGGAAAAAGUGCUAUUCGAUUUCAAAAAAAUCUUGGAUAAUAAUGCUAAUUUAUUUAUUGGUAUCAGAUACAUGGUAUGUUUGAGAAUAACAGAAAAUUCAGGGAAUUAAAAAUUUUUUUCAUUAAAUCGUUUGAUUCCAAGUGUUCAUCAAAAAUCUGAAAAAAUAGACGAAAUUUCAUUCAAACUCGAAAAACUGGAACUUUUCCAUGUGCAGGUGGUCGACGUCAACGACAACCCGCCGCAAUUUUUCAACACGCCAUCGACGGCAACACUUUCUGAGGUCUUGAAAUGAUCAUUUCGAAAUGAAAUGCGGAUAAUUUAGAACUCUGAAAUUGGAAAAGAAGUGCAGAAAAUUCGAACCCGCGACCCGGACACCGGCAUUUCUGGCGUUGCUCGUUUUUCUGUUGAUGUUGGUCAUUGAAUAUCCUUUUUUGUUGGAUGGCCGCAUUUGGAAUGGCUCAAGGCGUUGCGGUCGCUGAGUCAUUCUCUGUGUCUCAAAUAGAGUUGCCUUGACUAUUUUUGGAAGUUUUGCUAUUUUUAAGAGAAAAGGAAGGUUUUGAAAUUUGAUAAAUAGCUGGGUGAAUUUCAAGAAAAAAAUACCAGUUUUGGCUAAAAGUCUACAUGUCUGAACGGUGCUACGACAAGGGCGAGUUUUCCAUUUGCGAGGAGUACUGUAUCCGGCAAAGCGCAUUGCGUGCAUGCACUCUGCGUGUUUACACUUUUUGUGGCGUGACGUCAUCGCGCCGUACAUCUGCGGGUUUUUUUGCUUGCGGGUUUUUCGAUUUUUUUCCGGAUUUUUAUUCUUCGAAUUUUUUUUUCCGGUUUGAUUUUUGAUUGUGCGAACAUUUUCGAAAUAAAAAGAAAACUUGUUUUUAUUGAUGAAAAGUCUGUUUGUCAAGGGGGCAACUUAGGAAAAUUUUGCUUUAUAGAUGGUUUUUUGUACAAUGCCGGUGUUAAGGGUGGAGGAGCAGGGACACCUUUUUCCGCAAAAACUUCCAAUUUUCGUAAAAUUUCUGACAAGUCCCUUCAAAUCUCUCAAUGUACAUUUAAAAACUCUUGCAGAUUUUGUGGGAAAAUGACUUUUGUUUGAUAUGAUGUUUCUGUAAAAAUUGUUAUUUUCUUAUUUUCUUAUUUUUUGAUAUAACUUAACUUUGAAUUUUUUGAUUUGAAUUUGAAUUAUUUCAAUUACUGGUAUUUGUUAUGAUGCAAUUGUUUGAUAUCUUCCUCUUUGAAAUAUCAAUAUUAGCUUACUUCUUUUUUUUUCUAUAUUUGUUAAGUUGACCUAUCUAUAAAGCAAAAUUUUCCUAAGCUGCCCCCUUGACAAACAGACUUUUCAUCAAUAAAAACAAGUUUUCUUUUUAUUUCGAAAAUGUUCGCACAAUCAAAAUCAAACCGGAAAAAAAAAUUCGAAGAAUAAAAUCCGGAAAAAAAAUCGAAGAAAAAAACCCGCAAGCAAAAAACCCGCAGAUGUACGGCGCGAUGACGUCACGCCACAAAAGUGUAAACACGCAGAGUGCAUGCACGCAAUGCGCUUUGCCGGAUACAGUACUCCUCGCAAAUGGAAAACUCGCUCUUGUCGUAGCACCGUCUGAACCUCUAAUUAUUGCACACUAUUUUGCUCAAGCUAGUUUAGAAUGAACUAACCUGGUAAGAAAAAUUUCGAAGGGAUUCAAGAUGAACCUUGAAAGUCUUGUAAUAUGAAAUUUUUUUUUUCUUUUUUUAGAACGACAACUUUUCUUUGGACAAGCGAAAAUGCGGCAACGGCGUCUGCUCAACGACCCUGAGACUGGCUAAAAAGCUGGAUUUUGAAAAGUAAGACAAUUUUGACCAAGGAAGUUUCAAAUCAUUUAUUUUGUUGUUUUAGUCUGAUGUAAUCGACUAGGCGGUGAUCAAGAACUUUUUGAGCUAUAACGAACAACCGCCUUUGGCGAGCUAGAAGUCCAAAAGUGUAGUCGAAAGAGUUGAAAGCAUGGUCUUACGGUCCUUCGCCUCGUCCUUCUGCGCGUAGUCCAUCCAGUUGCGCCUUGACGAGCUCAGAAUGUAGCGGAUGUUGUGCUGGAGCCCGGAGACCGUGCUCUAGGUGGAAGCCUCAGAAUGAGAGCGACCACUUCGAGUGAACAUUUUACACGGAAUUUCAGUUCAAGUUCAGAAAAUAGUGUUUUUAUUGGCUAUUAUUUUCACUUUGUUUCGGCACCGGCUUUUUUUUCAAAAGCCGAGCUCUGUAAUUUCCUAAAAUUCGAAAAUUAUCCAGGUUUUUAGGCCCUCUCAUUAAGCCAGUUCUGUUAAUUCUGAUUGAAGGGAGGCUCUCAUCCAUUGAUACAUUUUUGACCAAAAAACUAAUUCUUGUUUCAAGCCUUUCAUAAUUUUUUUUCCUUGUUUAAGAUCAACCCUUAGGGCUACUGAAAGACUUUCAUUCCUGUAGGAUCAAUUUUCUAGCCAUAUAUAUCUUUUUUGUGAGAAAGAUUUUUCACAGACAAAAGACGGAGCAAGUGGUGAUAACGGCGAAAGACGGCGACCCUCAUUCCAACAGAACCAACGAAGUUUCUCACACCGUCGUCAUUCACGUCACCGAUGAGCCUGAGUUCGUGGAUUUAUUUCUGGAAAAGACGGACAGUUUUAAAGCUUUGAUAUUUUCUAGAACCUUUUUGGUUCUCUCAAAAAAAAAAGAGAGUAGACUUACGGCUUUUCUAAGAGACCUUCCAGCUUCAAUUUCUGGCUUUUUCAGUAUUUUCGGGUCGAAAAACGCUCCAUUUAUGGCGUUAAAUCAUUAAAAAAAUACCACAAAUAUCCAAAAAAAGUUUUUUUGGCUUCUACUGACAGAUUAUUUUUUUCUUACUAUUGGAAUUUAACUUCUUUUUUUGAUCAAUUUCGAGAAGCCGUAAAUUUUUUUGAAGCUUUUUAAGAAUAUUUUCUGUAAGUUCAAAGCUGGAAGGAGCAUCGGAAAUCUGUCAUAAUAAUCCUACUUUUCGUUUUCUGAAACUGUUUGAAAAGGCCGAUUCAUCAGUUUUUAGUGAAUCUCUAGUUUUCAAAACGAAUUUUUGAACUUUCUAAACACUUUCUGGUCCAAAAUCUCUUAUUUGGGGCUCGAAACAACGAAUAAAAGAAAAAUGUCGGACUGGAAAAGGUGGUAUUUAAGUGACUGACUACUUCAAACAGGCUACAAACUGAAUUUAUUUUUUUCUUUUCAGAAACUUUGAUUCGCUUUAAUUUUUUUCAAAUAAGUUUCAGCGAGUUUUUUAGUAUAUAAAUGAAAUUAGAGCGACAAUCUGCUUCUAAUGAUUUUUAAACUCAUAUUUCUAAACUGUUAUGAAAAGCCAUUUCAUUGAUUUUCAGUGAACCUCCAGUCUUCAAGACGGAUUUUUCAACUCCUGUUCUAAUCGAUGCUGAAAAAAAGCCCGGCGACGUUUUGAUGAGUGUUCUGGCGGUGGAUGGAGACGAAUCUAAGAAAAAUGAGAUCAAGUUUGUCUUGAAUCAAGAAAAAUGCGAUUGAAGAGUCGGUUCAAGGUAUUCUAUCGAUAAGAACGACUACGUGGACAUCAACGCCAAUAAUGGAAAUAUUUUUCUGAAAAAAUCGCCUCCAACUGGAGAACAGUUCACCGCCACUGUCACUGUGAGUAUUGAUUUUUUUCUUGGGAUCAGGGUUUUUUUCGAAAAAAAUUGGAGUAAUAAUUUUUCACCAUUUUUUUGGAGCAUUUUAGUCUUCUGAUUUUUACAUAUUCAUUAAUUUUUAUUUCGAAUAAGUUAAAAUUAUGAAAAUGAUAGAAAAAAAUAAAGAUCAUCAUCGAGGCUUACCAGUAAGAUUUUUGCAUGGGAAAAAAAGUCUGGAUCUCGAAAAAUAUUAAAAAAAUCGUACCAUUGUGUUAUUCAUACGUUUCGAACUUGGAAAAUUCGAAGUUUUUAAUAAUUCUUUCUCUUUUUUUUUCUUUUUCAAGUCGGUUUUGAGGCCACCGAGGUCGAUUCCGUUGGAAUGAGCUCAUCGGCAGUCAUCCAAUUUAAAUCUUCCACAGUGAAAGAAGCCGAAAAACAGGUUUUUUUUUAAAAUCUCCACCGAUUUUUCAUUUUUCUUUUUUUGAAGGUUCAAAAAGAUCUUUGCGAGUUUCCGAUCUACGAAGCGAGGCUGAUCAAAGGAAGUGGAAAAUUGGAAAAGGACGUUUUUAUUCGACUUGUAGAUGGAAUGGUGGGUUCAAGGGAAGAAGGAAAAUUUAGAAAGGCAAUUUAUCAGAAAAGUAGAGAAGAAUUAAAAAUUUCAAAUCAGGAAUCGUGAAAUUUAUAUGCGAAAAAAAGGAAAUCAUCUACCUGCCAAUUUCAAAAAAUUCUGUAAAAAUGAGAAAAUUUCAAGAAAAAUUGUAUAAAGCCUGACUGGAUACUAUUAAAAAGUGAGAAAACAUAAUGAGAAACAAGAAAAAUUUUACUGAAGUCCAAGAAUAUAUAAACUCCUUCUCGAAUUAUUAUCAUUAUUAUGAGUUUUUAAAAUUUGUACUUUAUAUUUUCUGUUGAGGUAAGUGGGAUGAGCCAUGACUGCCAAUCCCCCCAUGCUAAGAAAAAUUUGAAAAAGUUGAACUUUCAAAAUGAAUAUUUCUUUUUUUCAUACAUGAAUUUUUUUCAUAAAUUCGGACUAGCGCUGUCCAGCGCGCACCUUGAAAACUUUUUUACGGUUUUUUUUUUCGAUAUUAUCCCAUGUAAGCUGUCAAAUAUAAUAAUUUUUUUGAUUAAGGCUAUUUGAACAACGAUUUUUUUUCCGUUUAUCAGAAAAUAAUUCGGUCCUGAGACUCAUUUUUCCUUAGAACUUUUUUGAAUAAAUUGAUUUUUAAGGAUAAGUCGGAACUUUUUUUUUCCGAAUGCUGGAAAAGUAGUAAAUAAUGAGUCAAAUAGGCGUUUUGGCUACGAAAUCCUUUAUUUCCAAAAGUUUAGACCCAGCCAGAAGACGUGAAACUCAUCGGAGGCCUCGAGUCGUUCCAACUAUUGCCCAAGUCUGAAAAUCUCUUAGAAGUCGUCAUUUCGGAUCCGGAACGGGUCGCGACUCAGGAUUUCGACAAUGUUCAGCUUCUGGUCCGUUAGAACACCAAUAUUCAGUCCUAUUUGGGAAAAUAUUCAGGUAAAAUCGUCCAAGAAAGGACAAUGUCGAGUUCUGCUGAAAACCAUCGAAGCUCCGUUGGAAUCUUCGAAACCGAAAUUCGAAAGCGACUCUUUUCUGUUCUACGUCACCGAGAAUCAUCGGCCGACCGUUUUGGGCAAUAUUAAUGUUCGCAUUUUACAGAUUCUGUUGCCUAUUUUGAGUCAUUUCAGAUCAUUGGGGAUGAAAAUGUUACCUACAGCAUCCUGGGCAUUGGAGCAGAGAAGUUUGAAGUUUCGGAGACUGGAGAAUUCCGAUCUUUGGUCCCCAUCGAUCGCGAGAAGUUCGACAAGUUCGAGCUCACUAUACGAGCUGUUUCGGAUAAUGGUGAUUGUUGAAGUUUACCUAUUUGGAUUCAAGAAAAAUAUUAGGAUAAAAAGUUCUAAGCAAUCAUAAAUUUAAGGGGAAAGAAGAAAAAAAAACUUUCAAAAAAGUUUUAGUUCUUGGAAGAGUGAUUUCUCUGUCUUUUGGAGUUAACAGUAUUGUUCAGGCGAGACAACAGACGCCCCAUGUACGAUUGUUGUCCGAGACAUCAACGAUAAUUCCCCAACUUUUGAAAAAGAAAUCUAUGUGGUGACGGUGGAUGAGGGCAAAAGCGUCAAGCAGAAAAUUACGGUAGGGAAAAUAAGAGCUUCAAAAGUUGUGCAAGUGCGCCCUAGCGAACUGGGAGAAUAAUGUCUUUUUGGUUUUGGCGCUAAAUCCCCCUCGAAAAAUUCAGGUUUUGGCAAAACUUAUGCUGUUUUGAGGUUGGCUCAAUGCUUUUUCACAACUUUGAAAGUUCACUUUUUAAAGAUGAUUACUUGAAAUGCUCAGGAACGUCCGGGCUCGUCCGGUUUGCGUUACAGAGAUCUGACCAAUCCUAACCAUAGUUAGUUCGCUGGAGCGUACUUGUAUUGUCGUUAGAUUUUUCAAUGAACUAUUUUAAACUUGGGAUAUUUAGGCAACUGACCCCGACCUUGGACCAAACGGAGAAAUCGAAUAUUCUAUCGAUGAGCCUCUCGAUUCCCUUCCUGUUGAUGUUACUAAUGGAAUCGUUUUUAUCGGAGCUUUGGAUAGGGUUUUGAAAUUCAAACACUUCAACAAGUCUCUCUGAUUCUUUCAGGACACUAUGGAAAAAGGAGAAGUCAACCUGACCCUCCGGGCGACUGAUAAGGGCGAUCCGCCGAGAAGUUCCACCACGAAACUCAUCGUCAAAGUCAAAGAUGUCAAUGAUAACUGGCCCGUCUUCUCAAAUUCGCGUUAUUCCCUCGUCCUCGAUGCAAAUAUCAGCCCUGGCGGGGUUGGUUUCGAGAAUCAAAACUUAAAAAAACCACUUUGAAAGCACUAGAAUGAGUGAUAGGGUUUGAAAAUGAGAGAGCGUAGGAAAAGAAGAGAAGCUAGAGAUCGAAAGGCGUGCGUCUCUUCAGCUUUUUAUGAUAUCUUAUUCUGAAGAUGUAACAAAGAAAGCACUGAAAUGAGUGGUACCCUUUGAGAAAAGAGAGAGUGUGGGAACUGAAGAGACUCCAGAGAUCGAAAGACCUGCUUCUCUUUAGCUUUUUAUUCUAUCUAAAAGAAAGCAUUAGAAUGAGUUUUAUGCUUUGAAAAGUGCAAAAUCUAAGAGACACUUAGAAGAGCGUUUAUGUUAUCUUCAUCUGAAACUUUUUUGGAGUAAGUGCUGGAAUGAAAAUGAGAGAGAAUAUGAACGGGAGAGACGACAGCGUUCAAAAGACCUGGGUCUCUUUAGCUACUUCUAUCUGAAUGUUAUUCAAAAAAAAGCACUGGAAAGAUUUGUAGGAUCUGAAAAGCAAAAGAGUGUUGUAAUCUAAGAGACGGCAUAGAUCGAGAGGUCUGCGUCUCAGCAACUCUCCAUACUGUCUCGCUUUUCGUUUUUCUCAAGAAGAAGUCUGAAAAAAGUGGAGGUGCAAGCUUCCAGUGAAUGAGCUGUAGUUUUCCAAACUGAGAUAGUGUAGGAUCUGAAGAGCUUUGAGAAACCUGGAUUUGUGCGUGUCUUUAACCUUUUUUUUAAUGAUCAGGAGAGGUUUGUUAUUAACUUGAUGCUACCAAAUAGCCUAGAAUAUUUUCUCACUGCAAGUUAAGUGCGCUCUAUUGAGAAAGAAUUGAAUUUUUCCAGGUGGUUGGUUCAGUCCAUGCCGAAGACGCCGACGCCACCUCUCCAAACAAUUAUAUUCACUAUAUUUCCCAAGAUCCGAAAUUCAAGAUCACCGACAAUGGCGAAUUGAUUUUCACGGGGCCUGGAGUACUCAGCAAAGUAAUCAACCGCAAAAAUUUACCUGAACUAGAAGUGUUCCCAGGACUCUUUUGUCGAAUUCACCGUGACAGCCACGGAUGGAGGCGUUCCUCCUCAUAACAGUACGGCCGUUGUGGCGAUUAACGAGCACAAAUCUUCGCUCCAGAGCGAACUUACCACACAGGUCAACAGCAAUGAUACGGAGAAGAGGUGAUUUUGAGAGAAUUGUGUGGGAAAAAUGAACAAAUCGUGUAUGAUUUUAAUGGAAAGGAGUACAAUGCGCGUCAUAAUUAUGGACUCAUUGCAAUUUUUUUCAUUAAAUAGGUAAAUUUUUUUAAAAUUGUUCUCGUGAAAAAAACUCCAUAUAGAGAAAAUUGGAGAAAUUUACAAGAGAAGCUUCACUGGAAGGUUUUUCGAAAGGAAAAACUGAAAAUCUGGUUUUUUACAACGUUAAAUCUAUGGUUGUUUUUUUUGGCUGAUUAUUCUAUAUUCUGCUACUUUUCGUUUUUCGAAAUUUCCAUGGAUCUUUAUAGUACUUGAUACUUGAUGUGAACCGAAAUUUUAAAAUUUUGAGCCCAACAAGUCUGAAAUUUCAUCAACUUUUGGCAAAAAAAGCUCCCGGUUCAUUUUAUCCUUCGUGAAUUAUUUAGCCUUGAAAUCUUCGAAAAUUCAGAUUUAUUCAUAAAUUCUUAGAACCGAAAUCAAGUGGGACAACGCUGGAAUGGCCGGCUACAAGUAUGAGAUCUUAAGAGCUACCGCCCCUGGUUUUCCGGUAAAAUAAAACAAAAUACCUUUUUUUGAAAUGCAGUUUCUCUUAGGACUCUGAGGUCAGAAAAUGGAUCAGCUUGGACGAGAACACGGGCCGAAUCGAAUGCAUCAGUCGACUGGAUCCGGAUGCCGUCAAACAGAUCCGACUUCAUAUAAGCAUGACCAAGGGCAAAAGGGAGAUUCCAGGUGAUCUUGGCUUCUACAGAUUCAAUCAAUAAAUCGAUAUUCACUCUGUGUUCUCUGUCAUGAAAACGUGAACAAAACUUUCAAAUUUAUGAAGUAGCUCUUUUGAUGCUUCAGAGAGCAUCUAGAGCUUUUUCCAGCUUUUAGAUUGUUUUAAAUAUUCUCAAUUAUUCAGUGGAGCUGAUAAUCAACGUCGUCGACACAGACGACGUCACUCCCGUCUUCACAGAAACCACCUUCACGACGACGACUUCUGAAGCGACAACCGUCGGGACGACGAUCACGACGAUCACCGCCGCCGGAGUCACACCAGAGGAUGGAGUCAAGUGAGUACAAAACUUCCCAGGGAUGUCACUUUAGGGAAUUUUUCUGUGAAUUUUCUUGAAACCUCAUUUAGAUUAGGCUCCCUCAAAGUCUUUUGAUGCGCAAACUUUUUUUUUUGAGGCGUGGACUUUAGUAUUGACAAAAAUAAAAAUAAGUCUUCAGAUCAGGAGGUAGAACUGACUUCAGCUCUUGAGAACUUGGGAGGAGGGGUCGGCGGCCCCUUGAAAAAUGGUCAUUUCUUGUAUGAGCAUAAGUGAAAAAGUUAGAUCUGAUUAAGCCUGGGAGAAGAGAUUUACUUACCAAAAUUCCGAGAAGUAAGGGAUAAGGUGAAAUUCCAACCCAGAUAGUGUUGACGAAUGGAACUUGGAUUUUAACCUUAGGAGAUAGUUCUGAGCUCAAUUGGGAAGAUUUGGGGGUGGUGAUAACCUUUUUUCAUAACUAUAGAUUUUAUAUUUUCAAAAUGAAUUUUUGCGCUGACUCUGCGGAAUCCUAAUCAAGACCUUCAGAUAAUGGCUGAGAAAAUUUCAGACUUUACCCUUAAAUGACCUCUUUUUCAACUAAUCUACACCGACUCUGCCUGCACCCUACUAAUCCACAGAUACGCGAUAAAUGUCACCAACGGACCGAAAGACAAGCUGAAAGUCGUAGAAAAUGGCCGAAUCGUACUGCUGAAGGCGUUGGACUUUGAGAAGGACCGCAGAAUCGACGGGAAGAUUUUCGCGACGGUCGACGGGAAAUCAGCCGAAGCACGCUUUUCAGUUAUCAUCACCGAUGAGAAUGAUAACAGGUCACUAACAUUACUAACUGAUUUUGGAUCGAAAUUGAGAAAAUUGGCUUAAAUCCAGGCCAACGUAAGGCUCUUUAGUUUUUUGAAAUUGGAAAAUUUAAGAACAUCCCUCUAUGCUUAAAAUUUCGUGUUUUUGCAGUUUUUCUGGUUUUUCCUUAAAAAUUUUGCUGGAAAAAAGCUUACUUCCACUUAUGAACUUUAUUUUAACAAGCUAACAUUGAUAGGAGAGCUCGUUUUUUUGAACACCAUGGUUGCAUUUGGAAUGGAUGGUUAGGUAAAGCUCAUGACUCCAAAAAAAUUAUCCAAUCCGCAACGCGACCGCGGCGCUUCUAGCCAUUCCAUGUCCGACCAAAAAUCUUUAAGCCAGAGCUAAUGAAAAAUAUGAUUUUUUUUUUUCUGACGGUUUUUGUCACAUUUUUUGUAAUGCUUCCAAUAAUCCGCAAAGCGACCGCAACGCUUCUAGCCAUUCCAAGUGCGACCAAUGAUUUGCGAGCCAGAGCUGAUGAAGCGUUUUCUGAUUGAUUUUAUCAGAUUUUGCUGGAAAAUCUUCAACAGUUGGUUUUCUUUCAACAAACUAAAAUUGUUGCGAGUAUCUUCCUCGAUUCAAAGAACACGGUCGCAUUUGGAAUGGCUGCAGGAGCAACCGACCUAAAACAGAUUGCGCAAGGAGUUAUAACAGUAGAGCAAGUUGACUGUUUAUGGAUUCUAAACGCAACGUGACCGCGACGCUUUCAUUCAUUCCAAAUGCAACCGAGCCUCUUGAAGCCUGAGCAAAAAAUUUUUAUGACUACUUUUUUCCAGACCGAUCUUCAAGAACAACUCGGCGUUCUCGACCAACAUUGAAGAGUCCUCAGUACUGGGUACCGUACUAGACCUACCGUAUCCCCUGGCGACCGAUGCGGACACUGGAAAAUACGCCCAGUUGAAAUAUUUCAUGACCGGCGAUGAAGGAUUCUUCAAGAUUGAUCCAGCGUAAAUGAUACUCUCUGGAAAGAAGAAAGGAAGAAAAGAUUUAGAAAUUCAACGAUCCGACUUGUGACGAAACUCGAUUUCGAAACUCAGAGGACUCAUUCUUUGACCAUUCGCUGCGUUGAUAAUGACGGCAGGAAGCCGCAUCAUGAAGUUUUUUCGACGGUGAGAAAUUGAAGAAACAGCCUUGAACAAAAAUUGAAUGUGUGAUCUAUUGAGAAAAACGUCAAUUUUUGGACUUCGUGUGACUUUUUCAUUUUUCUAUUGGAAAAUGGCUUAUAGUUCAUUUAUGACAGCUUUUUGGGAUGGUUUGUUGUCAUUGACUGAGUAUUCAACUUUGUGUUCUUUUUUCAUAAUUUUCUGCGUUUUUUUUGUCGGAGACCUGUCUAGCUUCAUCCUUGGUUCCUCCAAGAAAUUAACAUCUUUCACGCUCUUUUCAAGUGAUCAUCACAAUUUGUUCAAAUUCCCAAGUUCGAUUCUUGGAAUCCUUCUAGAAACUCGCACCUUUCAGGUGACGGUCCACGUCAUCGACGUCAAUGACAACGACCCGGUCAUCCACAACGGCGACUUGACGCAUCUGAGUGUCGGAGAAGACGCGCCGGUCGGAAGUGUCGUCACUUCCUUGACCGUCACCGACGCCGACGAGACCAACAAGCAAAACGUCGAAAUCGACGGCAAUCACACUUUGUUCCGUGUGGACGACGAGAAGAAGCUCGUCGUGGCGGAGAAACUUCAUGGAUACGCCGGCCAGAGGGUCAUUCUUUUGAUAACUUGCUUGGAAAAAAAACGUUCCCGAAGGGAGAGUGUUUAGAUAAAGUUUUUCGUGCCUAGACUCUAGAAGGAAUUUCGAAAUUUGUCAAAAUUCAGUGCUUUUGAAUUAAGAACAUUUGUCUUAAUGGAAUGAGCUGUUUUUAGCAGUUUCGAUUUUUAGUGUUUUAAGACAUUUUCGCUCAUUUGAAGAUUGGAAGCCUCCAUUGUAUUAAAUACACUUUUGAUUUGACGUUGAAGAACUUUAGAAAAAAACUAUGGGAUUCGAAGAAGUGGUCCCUUGAGGGAACUUAAAAAAAAAACAAAGCACGCUAAAGUUUCAAUCAUUGCUCCUAACUUGACGAGAAUAAAUACCAACGAAAAUUCCUCAAAAAAUCUUCGAAAUCUGUGAGUAGAACGGACCUGACAGAGUAAAGAAGAUCUGAAGAGACGCCAGAGAAACUAAAAUUCUCUGUCGUCUCUUUGGAUCGCUUGAUCUCACUUUCCUCUGCCAUUUUUUUGAUUUUUUUUUCGAUCUUACUGUCGUUUAAUAAACCAGACUUCUUUUAGAUAUGUUCAAGGCUUACGGCCACCGAUUCUGGGAAGCCGCCAAGAUCCACCGGCGUCCCUUAUUGUGUCACGGUUUAUCCGGCCAAGAACAACCAUCACAAUCCGUUGAUUGGUUUGAAACCGUUGAAAAAAAGAAAACGGAUUGGUGAAUUCUAGUCUCUCCGAAGCAGAACUCGAUCCACUACUUUGACGAGAACAUUGUCUACGAAGAGCUUCUGCAGGUCAAGGUUCUCGAGGAGAACGAUCCGGAGCCCGUUACUUACAAGCUUGAUGAGGGUUUCAAGAAGGUUCAAUUGUGUUAUGUUGGAAAAAUGAUUCCAAGGAGCUAUCUAGUGAUAUGCUUCAAAUUGCACAAACUUUGGUAAUUUUGGAAGAAAAUCGGCUCCUGAUCAUACUUCGGCUGGAUCCCACCCCAGGGUGCGGCCUACCCUCCUCAAACUUCUCCCCCUUCAAAGUGCGGCCUACCCCCGAAAAAGCGCGGCCUGUUUUUUUCAGUACAUUUUCAAGUUUUUUUGCGCGCAAAAGGCUGUGGAAUCCAGCUGACAUGCUCCUAAUGCAAAAUUCUCUUUAGAAAAAACGAAAAAUGUUCUUGAACUUUUCUUCAUCUCAUUUUUUUAAGUUUACUCAUUUUUUUAUGAGGAAAUUGUAGAAAUGGACCCAUUUGGAAGAGAAUUUGAACCUAUACUGGAAAUUCCAUGUAGUCUGAAGUAUGUUAAUCAAAAAAAGAAGGUUUCCUGUGACCGAGCAGUCCUGAGCCAUUCCAAAUGCGACCAGAAGAGUCCGAAACUUGAAAGUUUCCCUUCUGUCAAAUAACAAGUAGAAACGAGAGAAGGAGGGAGAGAGUGAAGAAUCCCAGAUAAAUUAAAUAAAAAAAAACAAAUCGAUCCCCCCUGAUUUUUUGCGUUCAGGAUUGGCAAAUGUUCACAAUCAACGCGAAUGGAAGUCUCAAGGCGAAAUCGGCCUUCGAUUUCGAGAAAAAGACGGUUCAUGAGAUCAAAGUGCAGGCCUGUCGGGCCACCAACUGCUCUUCUCUCCACCUUUUCAUUUCCGUCAAUGACCGGAAUGAUAACUGCCCUAUGUUCCCCAAGCAGGUCUUCCUUGAAAUAAAACUGAAAUUGGAUAAAUUUCCGUUUUAGGAUGUGAAAUUGACAGUCGUGGAGAACGAAAAAGGUCAACGGCAGGUUGGUCGAAUUCCGGCCGCCUUGGACGCCGAUUUCCAUUCGGAUAAUACAAAGGUGAACUAGAGGAAAUUUUUUCGGAAAACUAUAGUCGAUUCAUGACUAGCUUGGGACGCUAAGGGAGGUGGCCUGUCUGCGCUCUCUACUAAUCAGGCACUCUCUCUUUAUUUGAAUCUCGUCAGGACCCUUUUUUUGAUGAAUAAAGCGGCUCAGUCGUGAAUCAGCUAUUAAGAUCUCAAAAAAGUUCCAUUUUUUUUUCUCAGUUUCAAAGCUCUUCCGAACCUAGAAAAAUUCACUCGAAAAUGUUAGAGAUCUCAAGUUUUCUAUCUAACCUAUUGAUUCGGCUUUCAAGGAAAUUGAAAGAUCUUUUCAAAAGUUGAAAAUAGUGUUUCAUCAGCUUAUGACGAGGUCUAUCUCCUUGAAAACCUCGAGAAUGGAUAUCUGGAAUGAGCCCCAUGAAAUCCCAAAUUUUGUGUAUCCGAACUUUUAAUUUGCAUAUUUUUGUCAUUGCUUUUUCGACCGAAUUCAUACAAUCAAUCGAUCCAGGUUUGUUACACUACGGAAUCUCCACUGUUCUACUUUGUCGACCCAACUCUUCCUGUCCUCUACACCAACAGCAGUUUUGACCGGGAGCAGAAAAAGCAGCACGAAAUCAUGGUUCAAUCUAAGAAAUCGGGACUUUUUCCUGAAGUUGGACUUUUCUCAGAUCACAGCCUAUGAUUGUCAUUCUUCCUGCCGAGACCCUCAUAAGCAAACCAAUGGGACUAUCACUGGAGUCGUUGAUGUCAUCGACGUCAACGACAAUUUCCCGAGAUUUACCCAAAAAACCUUCCAGACGACUGUUAUUCAAGUAAGUUCAUGAGGGACAGGGAGAAUUGAAGUUUGAGGUUUCAUGAGGAAAGUAUAGAGUGAACGGGGUUUAAGGAUUUUUAUUUUGAGUGCAAAAUCUAGAAAACAAACGAGAAAGACGACUAGAGUGCAAAUUUCAACAUAGUUCAUCAUUAGCCCGUUCAGAAUAUUAUAUGGAGCCGAAGCUCUCGUUUUUCCAGACCUUAAAGUUCAAAUAAUUUCUCAAAUAUCCUUUUAAGGGCCAAGCAACAGCUGGAAGUCACUUGCUGACCAUUACGGCGACGGAUCCCGACGAAGAACCCGAAGGACUGAAAUACUCGAUCAAGGGACCUGUUAGAAGCCUGAAACAUGUCCAUUAGCCUCUUUGUUCUGACUUCGAAUAUAUGGCUCGUCUGCGCUCUCUUCUCUCUUUCAAGCGAAAUCUUAGAAAGUUGAAAAUAGGACUUGAAAAAAAAAAAGAUAUUUGAAGAGAGGAGUUGGACAGAAAAAGAGAGCGUCGCCUAGAGAACAGAGCGCGCAGAGAAAUCAGACCAUCUCAAGUCAUUGCAAAUGAAUGAUGUAUUUGAAGGUCGGCUAUUUUUAGGCCUAUACACAAUCGGAAUCGCCAAUCGCACUGGAUCCAAAAACGGGAGAUGUUUCGGCAAAUGAGCAACUUCGAGACUCUUCCCUCACGUUCACUGUUUCUGUGUCUGAUGGCGCCAAACAUGAGGACACGGCUACUGUUGUGGUGAGCUUCAGAUAAGAAAAAAAUUUGGGAAAUCCUUUCGAAAUCUAAAUAAAUUUUUCUAAAAGUUAAGAAAAAAAGAAUUUUUAUCUUUUACUACUUCUACGCAGGACUUACCUUCAAAAACGCAAAAAAAAUAAAUUUUUUUGCAUUUAUAGCCUUGCUUUUGGGCCUUGGAAUUGCCAUGUUUCGCAGAUCAUAAAAAGAACCGUGUUUUUUUGUCUCUAAACAGCCUAGAAAGGCAUUUCAAAAAAACACUUUUAUUUAAAAAAAGACUAUUUUUCGGUUUUUUUCAAAUCUAUCAAAGUCUAAUAACGAUUUUUUUCGGAAGUUAGAGAACUUUUGAAGAUCAUUGGAAAAUCAUGUGUUUUUUAUUUUUGAGGCACUUGCUUCAAAAUAACCCAUAAAGGAUUCUCAAACAGGCCUUUUAGCAACGCCGGUAACGUCAUGAACGCCUCGACAUAUAUUUUUUUCUGAUUUUUUUAAUAAGGCCAUUUUUUUGGUUUUUCCUGGACUAUCAAUGGCAAAAAUAGGAGCCUAGCAGUGAACUUUCGAAAGUUAGAGAGUUUUCGAAAAUGAGAGGGCAGGUGCCUUUUUUUCUCUAAACGCGCUCUGGCUUACCAAUACUCUUUAGCUUUUGAAGAAUGUAGACUCGAGAAGUGAGUUUUCAGAGAGAGAAAAUACAUAUUUUCUUGACUUUAUUCCGUUUUUUAGAUCUCCGUUGUGACCUACGCUCAGCAGACGGAACUCGUUUUCGAUGCUCCAUUUGAUAAAGUGAUCAAAAACGAGAAGAUCAUCGUCGAGUCAGUUUUUCACUGAAAAAAUUGGAAGUUUAUUUAUAUUUUUUCAGAAAGCUGUCCAAUGCAACGGCCCUGCAAGCCGUCAUGGACCGGUGUCGCCAGAAUUCGAAUUUCACCUUGAUGCUGGUCCAUUUCGUGGAUCGCGAUGGGUCCUUUGUCAAUGUCGACAGAGCUGUACAGUUAGUUUCUCUCAGGCUUGAAGAAAGUCUGAAAUUCGGAAAUAAUAGAAUGAAAGGGGGAGAGAGAGCGUGGGAUAAAAAGAGGGUCUAGAGAAAGAGGGAGUUCUGCGUCUCGAUGGUCCCCAUGCUCUCUGGUUUCUGGAUUCAGGAGACAACUGUUUUCAAAAACGUAAAGAAAAUGCAAGGAAGCGUGAAAUCUGAAUAGGGAUUAGAGAGAGAGAGGUCUGCGUUUCGAUGGUCCCCAUACUCUCUUGCUUCUGAAAUAAGGAGACAACUGUUCUCAAAAAAAAAGAAAUGCAAGGAUAGGAGCGUUGAAGCAGAAGAGGUAUUAGAGAAAAAGAGAAGUCUGCGUCACUGCGGCUCCAACGAUCUCUCGCUCUCAUAUUUUAUCUCUUCUCUGUUUUUCUCUCUUUUCAAAAAGUUAAAAAAAUCGUUUUAAGAAGAACUUCAAUUAUCUGGGAACUCUUUUUAAAUCUUAGUUUUUUGAAAGUUUGUUCAGUGAUGAAAUCAGUAGAAAUUUUCAAAAAAGAGUCAUGAUUUUAAAAACUCGUCUCAGAAUCGCUUUUUCAUGAUUAUAACGUUGAUGUCUAGGUCAACAAGAAAAAUUUCAAAUUGCAGCCUUCUGAUGACGUCAAACACGGAAUCUCGACGUGAACUUCGGAAGGAGUUCGGCCUUCGAGAAGCGUUCCCGCCCGUUCCAUUGCCCUCCAAAAUGCCUCAAAUUUUGAUGGUGAAUAUUUCUGAGAUACUUGAAACUUCAUUCUAUUCGACAGCCUUUCUGAUUGGCUAAAAAUGUCUUUUCGAAGAUUUUUCAGAGGGAAAUAGCUAAUAAGAGACGUCUUACAUUUAUACAUUUGUUAAAAGUUUUUACUCCAAAGCUUUGAGAUAGGCAAGAAGUUUUCUAUCCUUCUGAUUUCGGCUCCAAAAACUUGUUGCUUCACUGAUUAUGUGCCUUCAAUCAAGAUGCAUUAUUGAAUCGUUUUUCUUUAUUUCAUUUUUUAUUAACUUUUAUUGACUUUCAGCUCGCCGCCCUUGGUCUUCUUGUGAUUGUGAUCCUGACGACGUGCAUCUGGUGCCGACAGAGGAACAGUUAUGAGGAAAAGCUGAGGCAUAUCUCGGCACAAGCGACCGCCGUCCAUACGGUCACGCUUGGACGACCCAAUCCAGCAAAGUUUGAUCUUUUUCGGGAAUGAAAGCGAAAAAUAAGAUAACGGAUGCGCCUUCAAAGGAACAUGGCAAGUGUGAGAAGAUUGUGAGAGCAAUUUAACUCAUUCCAGCCAACUUAGGAAUUCUAGAGUGGUCCCUAUAGGGGCCACUGGAGGGUAUCCUCUAGGGACCACUCUACCAAACCCUAUAGGGACCACUAAAGCUUGGAAAGGGGUUUUAGUUAGUGUUCCCUUUAGGGCACAUGCUGUUCAUCAAUUGUUAUAAACUAUAUGCGAAGAAGCAUUUCUAUGAGAAAAACUUGAUAAUUAAGCGGUUUUUGAAUAAAAUUGAAGGACCCCUAUAGGGACCACUUUCGGAAUAAUCCCCUAAACCCAUACAGGGAACUCUUUUUCAGCGCCUAUAAUUUUCAAAAAAUGCAUUUUCCAGGAAAAACCCGACGUACGGCGAAAUCCCAGCGCCGCAGACGUUGGUGGCCAAUCGCCUCUAUGCAACGGCCCACCCUGGCCAGCAAAAUUCCACAUUACAAUCGACAGAGUUGUGA